CCCCCAGGGAUACCGUACAAUUCACGAUCAACGGCGUUCUGUACACCAUUAAUGAGGAGAUCCGUCCGGAGACUUCACUGAAUGUUUUUAUAAGAGACCAUGCACUUCUGCGAGGUACGAAGGCAAUGUGCCAUGAGGGUGGCUGCGGUGCUUGCAUUGUGGCGGUCGAGAUUCACGGGGAGACAUUGGCCGUUAAUUCGUGUCUAGUGCCGGUUCUUAUUUGCAAUGGUUGGAGAAUCAAAACGGUGGAAGGAAUAGGGAGUAAGAAAAUGGGGUACCACAAGAUUCAGGCGACUCUUGCAGAAAUGAACGGCUCCCAGUGCGGCUACUGCUCCGCUGGAAUGGUCAUGAAUAUGUACAGUUUGAUGGAGAGUAAGAAGAAUACGAUGAAGGAGAUUGAGAAUUCAUUUGGGAGCAACAUUUGCCGCUGCACUGGCUAUCGUCCCAUUCUGGAGGCCUUCAAGAGUCUAGCGAGUGAUGCUGAACCCGCUAUGGUCCAGAGGGUGCAAGACAUUGAGGAUCUCUACAACUUGAAAAAAUGCCCCAAGUCGGGGCAGCCGUGCAAAGGUACUUGCGAUGAACCCGAAGAAUUAACGAUAGUCGAGGAAAUUCGUAUGGAGUUUGGUAACGUCAAGUUUCAAAAGGUCCUCGACUUGGAGAAUCUGUUCGCAGUAUUUGCAAGUAAUCCAGAUGCAACGUAUGUUCUCAAUGGUGGCAAUACAGCUCAUGGUGUAUAUCGGUUGCAAAAGCCUCAAAUAUACAUAGACUUGAACGACGUCGUUGAUCUUCGUAGAGUAGAGAAAGCCGCAGACAGCCUGAUUUUGGGUGGCAAUGUUACUCUGUCGACAGUGAAAAAUACUUUUAUUCAAUUCUGCGAGGAUCCCGGCUUCCAUCAUCUCCGGCAAAUGGCUGAUCAUGUGGACCUCAUUGCUAGUGUAUCAGUGCGCAAUGUAGGUACUAUAGCUGGAAAUCUCAUGAUAAAACACAAACACAACGAGUUUCCGUCGGAUCUCUUCCUGAUACUGGAAACGGCUGGAGCUGAAAUACACAUACUCGAAUCUCCGGGGCAGAAGAGUAUCGUCAACUUCAUCGACUUCAUGAAUACGGAUAUGAACCACAAAAUCAUAUACAGCGUAUCGCUCCCAGCAUUGAGCCCUGAUCAUGUUUAUCGAUCUUACAAGAUAAUGCCGAGGGCACAGAAUGCACACGCUUACGUGAACGCCGGAUUUCUUUUCAAAGUGGAUGCAGCUGGAAAGGCACUGGAGAAGCCCAACAUACUUCUUGGUGGAAUCAGACCUGAUUUCUUGCAUGCUAAAGCCACCGAAGAUUACCUGAAUGGUAAAUCGGUGUUGGAUAAGGAUGUUUUCAAGCAGGCGAUGGAAGCCCUCACUUCGGAAGUCACUCCCGAUCACGUUCUACCGGAUUAUUCUCCGGAGUUCCGGAAAACUCUUGCGCAAGGAUUGUUCUAUAAAUUUGUUCUCAGCUUGAAACCAGAAGAUUUAGACGAGAAACUACGCAGUGGAGGGACAGUCCUGGAGCGAGGGGUCUCCUCAGGAAAAUGUGAUUAUGAAACGGACGAGAGCCUCUGGCCGUACAGCAAACCACUGCCGAAGGUGGAAUCCAUCUAUCAGACGUCCGGUGAGGCACAGUACGUCAAUGAUAUUCCACCCCAGCCGCACGAAGUAUUCUGCGCUUUUGUGAUCAGCGAAGUUCACAGUGGCAGAAUCGCCAGCAUUGACACCACUGCAGCACUGGAGAUGAAAGGUGUAAGAGCCUUUCUAUCAGCAAAGGAUGUACCUGGGAAGAAUCUCUGCAUCGUUGCAGCAAACAAAAAGCUGUUCGGCUUAUACGAUGAACUGCUACUCGCUGAAGACGUCGUUACUCACACUGGCCAGCCGAUCGGUAUAAUCUGUGCGGACACUCAACUCCUCGCUCAUGAAGCAGCGCAGAAGGUCAAAGUGCAUUACACAGACAUAUCGGAAGGUAAACCGGUAAUAACUAAUCAGGACGCAAUCGACUGCGAUGAUAAGGAUAGGAUCAGAGAGUGCGUCAAUGUUCCAGCAACAAGAAAAGGUGACAAUCCAGUUCAACAAGUAAUAAAAGGUACAUUCAAUUGUGGAGGUCAGUACCACUUCACACUGGAGCCGCAAUCCUGCGUCUGCAUCCCAACGGAAGAUGGCAUGGAUGUCUAUCCAGCUACUCAAUUCGUAGAUUUUGCGCACGUUUCGAUAGCUUCCUGCCUGGGAAUGCCGCACAACAGGAUCAACAUAAAUGUUAGACGGGUGGGCGGAUCUUAUGGCGCAAAGUUAGUGAGGAGCACCCCCAUGAGUUGUGCAUGUGCUAUUGCGGCGUAUGUAUUGAAUCGUCCAGCGCGUUUCAUCAUGACCAUCGAGAGCAACAUGAUGGCUAUAGGGAAACGAUUCCCAGUCAAGCAUGACUACGAGUUUGGGGUUGAUGCUGAUGGGGUUAUUCAGCACUUGGAUCAGAAGACGUAUCACAAUGCAGGUGGUUCUUUCAAUGAACCAAUCGCAGGAGUGAGUUUUCAUCACUGCAACUCGUGCUACGAUAAGUCGACGUGGAAUUCUCUGGGUUACGAAGUUCGCACUGAUAUUCCAUCGAACACGUAUGUGAGGGGACCAGGUUCCACUGAAGGCAUAGCGAUGGCGGAGAAUAUGAUGGAGCACAUAGCUCACGCCCUCGGCAAGGACCCGAUACAAGUGCGUUUGAAUAAUAUGCCGCCACCGCACAGAGACGAAUUAACUAAAAUGAUAGCUGACAUCAAAGCAACAUCGGACUACGACGCACGCGUCGAAGCUGUCAAUCUCUUCAAUAAGGAGAACAGAUGGAAGAAGAGAGGCAUCAGUCUACUUCCUAUGGUGUAUCCAUUUCUCGUAUUCGGCCAGUGGCACGCCCUCAUAUCGGUUUACCCGCUGGAUGGUACAGUUGCGGUUGCUCACGGGGGAAUCGAAUGUGGCCAAGGAAUCCACACGAAGGUAACCCAGGUUAUAGCUCAUACUCUGGGAAUUGAUCUCGAUAUGAUCAAUGUGAGGCCGACUAAUAAUUUUGUGGCACCUAGCAAUUUCGUUACUGGGGGAGCUUUUGGUACUGAAUGUGCAGCUAACGCAACAAUAGCAGCUUGCGAGCAGCUUCUCACACGUCUGGAGCCGAUAAAAACUAAAUUGGGGAAUCCCACGUGGAAGGAGUUGGUUGCUGCAGCAUACGCGCAGGAUGUUAGUCUCUGCGUUCAAGUUAUGCUGCCGGCUGAUAUGUCAAAAGCCUAUCCAAUCUACGGAGUAAUAGUCAACGAAGUGGAGAUAGAUGUAUUAACUGGACAGCAUCUGAUUCGACGAGUUGAUGUUAUGGAGGAUGUCGGUGUCAGCAUGAACCCUGACAUUGACAGGGGACAAGUGGAGGGUGCGAUUGUCAUGGGGAUCGGAUAUUGGACCUCUGAGGAUGUUAUUUAUGAUCCUGAUACUGGGCUACUUGUCAACAAUCGAACUUGGAAUUACAAACCACCUGGUGCCAAAGAUAUCCCUGUUGACUUCCGGGUCACACUGCGGAAGACGAAAAAUCCGGUUGGCGUGCUAGGCUCGAAAGCAAUUGGCGAACCACCCUUCUGCAUGAGCUACUCAGUCCUGUUGGCUAUAAAACAUGCACUGAGUUCGGCUCGAAAGGAUGCGGGAGAUGACGGCUCUUGGUAUCAACUCGAUGGACCAGCCACUACCGAAAAGAUACUCCUGACGAGUCUCACCAACAAAGAUCUAAUGGUGCUGUAAUGCCAAUACAUCUGGAAUCCUUGAAUAAUGUCUAGUUUCACAGCAUAAAAUAUUAAAUUAAAAUUCAAUCACUCUUGUUUAUGUAGUUGGUGAAUGAUAAUCUCGUAGUUAGUUGAAUAAACAGUUGAGAUGAUGC